GGAGGCGGCGGCGCGUGCGGGAGCAAGAGCAGGCAGCCAGGCAGCAGCAGCGGCAUCUCCUCUUCCAGGGAAACGCUCCCUCGGCUGCCUGUGCCUGCCUUUCCCUCAGUCGCUGGAACCCGGAGAAAGCGGCAAGAUGCUCCUCCGGGUCCCAGCCUUCGCCUGCUGCGUCUGGGCAGCCGCUUGGUGCAGUCAAGGGAUGCUGAUGGUCGCAGCCUCGGCAGCAGCAGCCGCCGCCGCAUCCUCCUCCUCCUCUUCCUCCUCUUCUUCCUCCUCCUCGGCAGGAGCCACCGCCGGGAGCAAAUCGGAAAGCGGCAAUUUCCUGGACGAUAAACAGUGGCUCACCACGAUCUCCCAGUACGACAAGGAGGUCGGGCAGUGGAACAAAUUCCGAGACGAUGAUUAUUUUCGCACAUGGAGUCCAUCUAGACCCUUUGAUCAAGCUUUAGACCCAGCUAAAGAUCCAUGCUUAAAGAUGAAGUGUAGUCGUCAUAAGGUGUGCGUUGCUCAAGAUCAACAAACUGCUGUAUGCAUUAGCCAUCGGAGACUGACACACAGUAUGAAGGAGGCUGGACUAGGCCAUAAGCAGUGGAGAGUUGGUCCUCUUUCAUCAAAAUGCAAGCAGUGUCCAGUGGUUUAUACCAAUCCCGUCUGUGGAUCAGAUGGACACACAUAUUCUUCUCAGUGCAAACUAGAAUAUCAAGCCUGUGUCUCAGGAAAACAGAUCUCAGUAAAGUGUGAAGGACGUUGUCCUUGCUCUUCUGAUAAAUCCACAAGUGCAGGCAGAAAUGAUAAGCGAGUCUGCAGUGACAUGGAGUUCAGAGAGGUUGCAAACAGAUUGCGAGAUUGGUUUAAAGCUCUCCAUGAAAGCGGAAUUCAGAAGAGGGCUAGAAUUGUACAAAGGCCUGAAAGAAGUAGAUUUGAUACCAGCAUUUUGCCAAUUUGCAAGGACUCCCUUGGCUGGAUGUUUAACAGGCUUGAUACAAACUACGACCUGCUGUUGGACCAAUCAGAACUUGGAAGCAUUUACCUAGAUAAGAAUGAGCAUUGUACCAAGGCAUUCUUCAAUUCUUGUGACACAUACAAGGACAGUUUGAUAUCUAACAAUGAGUGGUGCUAUUGCUUCCAGAGACAGCAAGACCCACCUUGUCAGACGGAGCUCAGUAACAUACAGAAACAGCAAGUGGGAAAGAAGCUCCUAGGGCAGUUUAUCCCCUUAUGUGAUGAAGAUGGGUAUUAUAAACCAACACAGUGCCACGGAAGUGCAGGGCAGUGCUGGUGUGUUGACAGAUAUGGCAAUGAGGUAACAGGAUCCAGAACACAUGGCGCUGCAGUCUGCGCCAUUGAGCUAGAAAUAUCAGGUGAUUUUGCUAGUGGUGAUUUCCAUGAAUGGACAGAUGAUGAGGAUGAAGAUAUGAUCAAUGAUGAAGAUGAAAUUGAAGAUGACGAUGAGGAUGAAGGUGACGACGAUGACGAUGAUGACCAUGAAGGAUAUAUUUGAUGCUUUAGCUGUGACUAAAUUGUCUAUUUCUAAUAUUUACCAGAUGACAUCCCAGAAAAUCCCUAUACCUUGGAAGGUCAAAAGGAUUCUAAAUAACAUGUAUAUUUUGUAUGAUUAUUUGAAAUAUUGCAGCUGGAGUCAUAGACUUUCUUUGUUUAAAUGAAAAUCAUUAUAUUAUGUGUUGUUUUUAUAUGCCAUGGAGCAGAAGAAAACACACUGGAGGUCUAGCCUGAAGACAGAAAUGUGUAUGUGCUACUAAAACACAAAAACAAAACAAAAAAAACCUUAAAUGUGCAGAUAAUCAUAAGGACAAGCAAAAUUAGAACCUUCCAUGAAAAGACAUCUUCUGUUUGGGAAUGUUUGUGUGUGGCUGCUUCCAGCAGGUGCUUUGUUAGAAGUAAAGCAACUUAAAACUAUCUGUGAUUUUACACCAUGUGGAUUUUUUCUCAAAAUGUGCAUGGGCAGGAUAAGGAAAGUAUGAUUAAGGUCAUAAUGUGUUUCCAGCUUAUUAUGUACCAGAGGAAUGGAGAAAUUUUGGCUUUGGAAGUCGUCUGGUUCUCCUCUGUGUUUGCAACUGCUAUGUUUUGACUUUGAAAUUAUUAGACUGUUUUAAAUGCAGUAAAUCCCAGACAAGCUUAGAUUCUGAAGAUCUAAAGUUUUGCGUCCCCUUUCCCGCCUUCAUUUUUUUCCUUAGUUCAUGUCACACCAGCUUGUUAUGCUUGCAGGCAGCCUAAAUCAUUUUACCUUUUUAGUUUUACAUAUUUUUAUGAGAAAACUUCACAUAAAGAGUAUGUUUAUCUAUUAAUGGACUUGAAAAUCAUUAUGCUUGCACCAUGAAAGAUUUUUCAACUUAACUAUGGAGUUUUAGUUUUCCAACUCCAACAAAUUCCACCUCUCUCCAAAGUCAUGCCCUUUUUGUUUACGUGCUCAAAACUUUAGAAGAGUUAUUGUAAGGUGCCUUGCAAAAUAGAAAUAGGAAGAUGUUUAGCAUGCAUACCGAUAUAAGAUUAUUAGGCAAUAGUCAACUAUUCCAAAUUGAAUAUCAAUAUAGGUACUGCUGCUGGAAUGGAGAAAUAGGUUAUUUUCUCUCCCAACUCAUUGUUAUGUAAUUGCCAUAUAGAAUACAUUAUAAUUCUUAAGUAGUCUUGCAUUCAAAAUUUGACUGUAGAGAAAAUUAUUUUAAUCACUGUAUUUAUGUUAGCAUGUUGAUUAAUUGUGUAGACUUUUUGAAACUUCACUACCUUCAUUCAUAUCAAACCUGUGGCUUUGUGCCAUAAUAAAACUGAAAGACCCUAUGUAAUAAUAUGCAAGCAGUUGUUUAAUUUCAACUGUGACUUAACUGUUUUCCCUAAUUUUUAUCUGGAGUUAAUUGAAAGAAAAAAUAUUUUUCUUCUUUACAUUUGAUUUCAAUAGGUUUAAUACUGAAUUUAAUGAUUAUCUUAUGUGGCAUUAAACUAUACUACAGUUUUCUUUCCUUUUUUCAUGUUUAUGUAUAGUUUGCAAAAUAAAGACUCUCAUAACCAACUUUUAA